AAGGAAGUGGGAGAAGGAGACAGAAAUAUAGAGAGACACUGUUUUCUACUUUCUAAACCAGAGUUGACCAUUUAACAUGUGGAAAGUGUUCGGUUUGUCUGUCUUUACAGUUUGGCUACUGGAUCUUGGUUGUGCUGUAAAGCACACAGAAAUAAUUGGAUAUGAGGGGGAAGACUUAUUAUUAAAUGUCAAAUACCGGUCGGGCUAUGAGGAAAACAACAAGUAUUUCAGCAGGUCCAGUGGCUUCUUUGAAGAGAAACUGGUUCAGACUGCUCAACCAAACAGUUGGACUCAACAUGGGCAAUUCGCUCUAUUUGACAACACUACUUCCCGCUUGGUUACCAUCAUCAUUUAUAGAUUGGGCGCAGCGGAUUCUGGACUGUACUACUGUGGUGUAGAUGUUACACUGGAUGUUGAUCCUUUGGUUGAAAUCCAAAUAAUGGUCAAGAAAGGUGAACCCCGGAGACCCUCAUCAGAACCAAGAGUGGUAAUUAAUGGAGACGAUGUUAUUGCAAACCCCGCAGAUAUCACUGCACAGAACUGGGCCAAGAAAAGAGAUCAGGAUCGUCAACAGAUCAUUGGAGCAGUGUGAAGUUCCCUGCUUCUUCAAACGCUCCACAAUCACCUCCAUCCCAAAGAAACCCAAGAUCAAAGAACUUCGUGACUACAGACCCGUUGCUCUGAUGUCUGUAUAUUUCUCUUUUUUCAUCUGUUAUAUCUUAUUUUUAUGUCACUAUAUUUAUAUAUGUUUGCAUGUAUGUACAUAUGGUUGUAUUUGCACUGGAAGUUUGUCACCGUGACAAAUUACUUUUGUGUGUAAGCAUAUUUGGCAAUAAAGCUCCUUCUCACUCUGAA